UUCAGUGUAUCCAUCAAUCAAAGCAACUCAAGAUUGUUUGUCUCUGGUUCUUGUGAUGCAACUGCCCGAUUGUGGGACACUCGUGUUGCAAGUCGAGCAGUGCGGACGUUUCCUGGUCAUGAAGGAGAUGUGAAUGUGGUGAAGUUCUUUCCAGAUGGAAAUAGAUUUGGAACCGGCUCAGAUGAUGGAACUUGCAGGUUAUUUGACAUCAGGACUGGGCACCAACUCCAAGUGUAUCAUCAGCAACAUGGUGAUAAUGACUACCCGCCUGUGAAAACCAUUGCAUUCUCAAUAUCAGGAAGGCUUCUCUUCGCUGGAUACACAAACGGUGAUUGCUAUGUAUGGGAUACUUUAUUGGCAAAGGUGGUUUUGAACUUGGGAUCCCUCCAAAACUCACAUGAGGCCCAGAUUAGCUGUUUGGGUUUGUCAGCUGAUGGAAGUGCCUUGUGUACAGGAAGUUGGGAUACAAAUUUAAAGGUUAUUUUCCUAAGGCCUGCCUGCAUGGGAAACAAUUACUAAUAUUUGUUGAUUUUUUCUUCUUAAUGUGUUUUUUUCUGCAAUCAUGAAUGCAAAUAGAAGUAGAGAAAAAGUAAGGCAGUGUAAUGUGAUGUUUCUGUUGCAAGCAGCACCCUUUUUAGACACAUUGACCUGCAAAAAUAUUUUUCUGUGUAUGAUGUACUUAUGAUGUAUAAUGCUUUUGGUAACUUGGGCCAAAAAAUUUCUAGUUUAUUCUAGAACUCUGAGAUCCAUAAACCUUGAAGAGGUUGUAGUAACUAGUAACUUCUGUGUGGCAUUU